AUGCCAGGUACGUCUGGUCAACCAAAAGGCACAAAACGCAAAACCAUAGUAGAACUUGCAAUGCUUCAUGAGAUGAAGCAUAACCAAAGCUGUCCGAAAGAGCUGAAGCAGCUCGAGCCAGCUCGUAAAGGCAGAGCCAGACUCAGGUUUUAUGGUUCUUAUUUAAGGCGAGCCGAGUCAUUACGAGCCCGAAUCAGAGAUGUGACUUGGCUCCACGAUGGUAAUAUUGAUGGUAGUGUACAAAUAGAAACACCAUUGCUUGCUUGUAGUACUGGUAUUGAUUGUAAUGGUGGUGUUAUUAAUGAUAAUAGUACUGGUAUUGAUGGUAGUGGUGUUAUUGAUGGUAGUCGCGUUUCUAAAAUACUGACAGCAACAACACUAUCCCUCGCUACCAAAGGUGAUCUUUUGGUUUCAACGUAUUUCAGGGGCGCUGGAGCAAAAGCGAAACUGCUGAAGAUGUGA